CGAAGUCAAUGGUAGUCUCCCUGUUUUAGCUUUUACCAGUUCUCCCUCACCGUCACCAGAUGUCAUGGGCUGCCUUGGUCUCCAAGCUCUGCAAAACCCCUGACUCAUGCCCUGCCGCUGCCGCCCCUCCCUCUCCCUCCCUCUCUAAACAUUAGGUUAUUCCGCCCCUCCCCUCGACUUCCAUAGCCUUCUCACCCCUCCCCCUCCCCCUCCCCCCUCCCCUCUCCUCCUUCCCUCUCUCUCCUCCUUCCCCUUUUCACUGAAAAGCUCACUCCUUUUCUGCUCUGCUUUCACCUUUCAACCCGCUGAAAAACCCCACCUUUUGUUUGUUUCUCGCUUUUCCGCUCUUUGGGUUUCUUCGUCGUCCUCGCCGUCAAUGGCAUUUCAAUCUUCUGUUUGUUUCCGCUGAAACCAGCUGAGAGUGAGGUAGACCCAAUUCGUCUUUUUUGAAUUGGGUCUAGGUUUUACAGCAACGCUAGCUCUCUCUCUUCGUUUUCACUAUUGGGCAGUUUUUAUUUUCUUUUGGAGGCUUUUUGGCUUGAGUAAUUUCCGCUCCCUGAGUACCUGCAAUGUUGUGAUGUUUCAGGUAAUGUGAUAAAAGGGGGCUUCUUGUUCUGUGAUUUUGGGUGUGUCUUAAUAUAGAGAUGAUGACGAAUACUCAUAGUUUUGUGUCGUGGGAGGAGCACACUCUGUGUCAAGAGCGCGGUAGCCGUGUGGUCCAUUACUACUUGAAGGAGGCAUCAGGGGAAUUAGUCCUUGCUGUUGUAGGGACUGAGAGGAGUAUAAGGCACAUGGUGUAUGUUCUUUCGGAUGAGUUUGUGGAGACUUACGAGUCCAAGGGAUUCAUUAAUGUGUGUACCAAAUGGAGAGCAAGAAGAGAAGUUGUAGAAUGGCUUACUUCCUUGGUCUCGAGGCGGUGCUGGUCGGAGUUUCCUGCUCUUUCUGCCGGCCUGUUCUCAUGUCACAUUAAACAUCCUUGCCUUCUACUUCUUCAAUCUUCACAAAUCCACUGCACCCACUUAAGGAAGGGAGGAGAAAGAGAGAGAGGGAGAGCUAGUAUGAGUUCGUCGACGGAAUUUUCAACCUCUAAUGAUAGAAUGGAUUCUCCAACAGAUGAAGCAACACAACCAUUGUCUGGACUCGGUGCUCGUCAAACUUCUCUGCCUGAUCACACGGUUCCGAGGAAAGUGAAAGUUCACAAUUCAGACAUUGAAUGGUCUGGUGUUGCCUGGAUUUGUGCCAAACAGCUGAAGCAUUAUCCAGCAUUUUACAAGAAUGAAACUACCAUUUCUGUCCAUUCCUUUGUGUUUGUAAUGGCUUUGGAAGAAGAAUAUCAUUACCUAGGUUACGUGGAAGACAUGUAUGAAGACAAGAAAGGGCAGAAAAAGGUUAAAGUGCGUUGGUUUCACCACACUCGGGAAGUCAAGGAUGUGAUUACUCUGAAUCCACACCCCAGAGAAGUUUUUAUCACACCUCAUGUUCAGGUGAUCAGUGCUGAGUGUGUUGAUGGUCCUGCAACAGUUCUGACUCCUAAGCACUAUGAAAAAUGCUUGGCUGUUGUAGCUCAAAAAUCUUCCUCUGGAAUAUUUAUGUGCCUUCGGCAAUUUGAGGACUGCAAGGUUAAGCCCUUCAGUCUUGCUAAAUUGCGGGGCUAUUCUAAUCAAGCAAUUCUGUCGUCUUUAGAUGUCCACAUCUCCAAGCAGAAAGCCAAGUACAAUAAAUUUUGUCAUGAAGAUGAGGAAGAGUUAGCACCUGAUGAUCCUAUGAGGGUGAACCUUAAGAGAAACAGAAGCAGCGAGGUGAAUCAGGGACAUUCUGGUGUUAAAAAUUUGGUCACUGAGAGUCAUUUACCAAAUUGCGUUCCAACAUACCAAAAGUUGAAAUUAAAAUUAUCAAGGAAAACCAUGGGAGUUAAGAUUGCUGGUUCAGAGCCCCUAUGUCCAGUGUCUUUUAAGGUUGAUGAAAAGAUAGAGUUGCUCUGUCAAGAUAGUGGCAUACGAGGAUGUUGGUUCAGUUGUCAGGUCUUGCAGACAUCUCAGAAGCUUCUCAAAGUUCAAUAUGAUGAUUUGCAAGAUGUAGAUGGAUCUGGCAAUCUCGAGGAGUGGGUCCCUGCCUUUAAAGUUGCUGCUCCAGAUAAACUAGGCAUGAGAUGCUCAGGUCGCCUGACAAUCCGACCCUUUCGUCUCAAUGCUUCUACAGAGUGUUGUAUUGAGGUUGGAGUAGCAGUUGAUGCGUGGUGGUGUGAUGGCUGGUGGGAAGGUGUUGUUACUGCAGUUAGCAUUUCUGGGGCUGAUACUAUACAAGUCUACUUCCCUGGUGAGGAGAAGCUGAUGAGUUUCCAGAGAAAGGAUGUUAGGGCUUCCAAAGACUGGGUUGAGAACAGAUGGGUUGAUGUGAAGGCAAAGCCUGAUAUACUCUCAUAUGUAUCUGAAAGUAUCAGUUCUAGCAUGAAGCUCUUAUCAAUCUCUGCUAGUUCUAUGGCAAAAACUUGUUCUAAACAUGAAGCUGUUGAAGAGAAACAGGAGUCACCAGAUUUAGCCCCACCGGAUGAGGACUCGGGAAAGGUGACGAGGGUGAAUUUGCGGAAGCAGCCUUGUACCAGUAAUGAAGACGAAAUUAACAAUUCAAGUGACGGCAAUGGCAGUGAUGAUUGUGCUUGUAACAAAACGGAGAAAUGUGAAGCACCAGAAGCCACAGAAGUGGCUGCUCGUGGCUGAGGUCGAGAAUUUUGACCUUGCUGAUAAGAUUGUGGAAGGUUUAGGGGCCUGGUUCUUGUAGAUAAGACGAACUGUCGGCAUAGAGGAAAAGAACUAUCAAGUUUCUAACAUCAUGGAAUUGGAAGGUGUACAGCUUUAUAUCUGAUAGAUUAAUUAACUCCAAGUGCUCCAAGUAAAUGUGAUCCAAUGGUGAUCAGGUGUUAGGCAGAAGCUCAAUUAAUACGCAGGAGUAAUUGGUGCGUGCUUUUGCACCCAUGCCUUGUGUAGCAACUUGUGAAAACUGCCCUAUGUAUGUAUCUUAAUAGUAUAUUUUGAGUCAA